AUGUUGAAACAAACUUUAUACCCAAUUUUUUUCUUUUUAAUUCAAUUAAUUGCUGGGUUAGAUAUUACAACAAAUACUAUCUCAUAUGAUACCAUUGAUUUAAGUGUUGGUGCUAUCACAAUUCAUUCAGGUGCUUAUUGGUCUAUUAUUAAUAAUGUUGUUUCAGCUUUUGUUGGUGAUUUAACUGUUCAACCUGAUGCUGCAUUAUAUAUUUCAUCAACUAAUCCAUUAAUUGGUUUACAAGUUACUUUAUUAGGUGUUUUAAAUAGAAUUCAAAAUGAUGGAAUUAUUGCUUUUAAUGCUAUCAAAUCAUUAGUUCCUGCUAAUUAUAAUUUAGUUGGUUUAUCAUUUGAAAAUAAUGGUGAAAUUUAUUUUGGUGCAAAUGGUUCAGUUGUUGGUUCAUUAUUUAGUUUAACUGCUGCUUCAUGGACAAAUACUGGUUUAGUUGUAUUCUAUCAAACUCAAAGAUCAGCUUCAUUAGUUACUUUAGGUCUUCCAACUACUUCAAUUUCAAAUACUGGUACUAUUUGUUUAUAUGGUAGUAUUUAUCAACAAACUAGUGGUAUUAAUGGUAAUGGUUGUAUUGCUGCUUAUGAAGAUUCAACUAUUUAUUUAGCUACUUUAAUUUCACCAAUUUCACAACAACAAAACUUUUAUUUAGAUGAUUCAGAAAGUUCACUUGUUGUUCAAGCUGUUAGUACACCAGGUACUUAUAGAGUUUAUGGUUAUGGUAAUGGUAAUAGAGUUGGUAUUAGUAUUCCAUUAGUUUCAAUUCCAAUUAUUGGUGCUCCAGCUUGGGAAUAUAAUGCUGGUACUGGUAUAUUAACUUUAAGAGGUCUUAAUGUUGCUGGUAUUGCUUUAUCACAAAGAUUUAAUAUUGGUACUGGUUAUGUUAAUUCAAAUUUCCGUGUUGUUACUGAUGCAGGUGCUGGUUUACCAACAACUUUAUUGGGUUCAUUACAAUAUAAUGGUCCAGUUCCUCAAGGAUCUUUAAAACCAGAUAUUUGUGCUUGUAAAAAAUUACCAGAUGCUCCAGGUACUGAUACUUCAUCUUCAACUACUGUUCCAAGUUCAUCAACUUCAUCAUCUGCAGAACCAACAGCUCCUUCAUCAUCAACAGGUCCUUCAGCUGAACCAACAGGCCCAUCAUCAUCAUCAACAGGUCCAUCAGAAUCAUCAAGUCCAUCUGCUAGUCCAUCUGUUACUGGAGAACCAUCAUCUACUGGCCCAUCAGAAUCAUCAUCAGCAACUGGAGAACCAUCAUCUACUGGCCCAUCAGAAUCAUCAUCAGCAACUGGAGAACCAUCAUCUACUGGCCCAUCAGAAUCAUCAUCAGCAACUGGAGAACCAUCAUCUACUGGCCCAUCAGAAUCAUCAUCUGCUACUGGAGAACCAUCAUCAUCAGCUACAGGCCCAUCAGAAUCAUCAUCUGCUACUGGAGAGCAAUCAUCAUCAGCUACUGGCCCAUCAGAAUCAUCAUCUGCUACCGGUGAACAAUCAUCAUCAGCUACUGGUCCAUCAGAAUCAUCAUCAGCUACUGGAGAGCAAUCAUCAUCAGCUACUGGCCCAUCAGAAUCAUCAUCUGCUACCGGUGAACAAUCAUCAUCAGCUACUGGUCCAUCAGAAUCAUCAUCAGCUACUGGAGAGCAAUCAUCAUCAGCUACUGGCCCAUCAGAAUCAUCAUCUGCUACCGGUGAACAAUCAUCAUCAGCUACUGGUCCAUCAGAAUCAUCAUCAGCUACUGGAGAGCAAUCAUCAUCAGCUACUGGCCCAUCAGAAUCAUCAUCUGCUACCGGUGAACAAUCAUCAUCAGCUACUGGUCCAUCAGAAUCAUCAUCAGCUACUGGAGAGCAAUCAUCAUCAGCUACAGGCCCAUCAGAAUCAUCAUCAGCUACCGGUGAACCAUCAUCAUCAGCAACUGGUCCAUCAGAAUCAUCAUCAGCUACUGGAGAACAAUCAUCAUCAGCUACUGGAGAACAAUCAUCAUCAGCCACUGGUCCAUCAGAAUCAUCAUCAUCCACUGGAGAACCAUCAUCAUCAGCUACUGGAGAACAAUCAUCAUCAGCCACUGGUCCAUCAGAAUCAUCAUCCGCUACUGGAGAACAAUCAUCAUCAGCAACUGGUCCAUCAGAGUCAUCAUCAGCUACUGGAGAGCAAUCAUCAUCAGCAACUGGUCCAUCAGAAUCAUCAUCAGCUACUGGAGAACAAUCAUCAUCAGCUACUGGAGAACAAUCAUCAUCAGCCACUGGUCCAUCAGAAUCAUCAUCAUCCACUGGAGAACCAUCAUCAUCAGCUACUGGAGAACAAUCAUCAUCAGCCACUGGUCCAUCAGAAUCAUCAUCCGCUACUGGAGAACAAUCAUCAUCAGCAACUGGUCCAUCAGAGUCAUCAUCAGCUACUGGAGAGCAAUCAUCAUCAGCAACUGGUCCAUCAGAAUCAUCAUCAGCUACUGGAGAACAAUCAUCAUCAGCAACUGGAGAACAAUCAUCAUCAGCUACUGGCCCAUCAAACUCAGGAGAACCAACUGGAGAACCAACAGGUCAACCAACUGGACAACCAACUGGACAACCAACAGGUCAACCAACUGGACAACCAACAGGACAACCAUCAUCAUCAGCAACCGGAGAACCAUCAUCAUCUGCUACAGGCCCAUCAAACUCAGGAGAACCAACAGGUCAACCAACAGGUCAACCAACAGGAGAAUCAUCAGCAACUGGAGAACAAUCAUCAUCUGCUACAGGCCCAUCAAACUCAGGAGAACCAACAGGUCAACCAACAGGUCAACCAACAGGAGAAUCAUCAGCAACUGGAGAACAAUCAUCAUCUGCUACAGGCCCAUCAAACUCAGGAGAACCAACAGGUCAACCAACAGGAGAACCAACAGGACAACCAACAGGAGAACCAACAGGAGAACCAACAGGAGAACCAACAGGACAACCAACAGGACAACCAACUGAUUCAAACUUGCCAUCAUCUUCAAGCUCAAGCUCUUCAGAAAAUGGAAAUGGUGGAAAUGGUGAAACUUCAACUACUACAGAAAACGGAGGUACUCAACCAACUGGAGGUAAUGGAAAUGAAGGUGGUAAUGGUGAAACUUCAACUACUACAGAAAACGGAGGUACUCAACCAACUGGUGGUAAUGGAAAUGGUGGAAAUGGUGAAACUUCAACUACUACAGAAAAUGGAGGCACUCAACCAACUGGUGGUAAUGGAAAUGAAGGUGGUAAUAAUGGAAAUGAAGGUGGUAAUAAUGGAAAUGAAGGUGGUAAUAAUGGAAAUGAAGGAGGUAAUAAUGGAAAUGAAGGUGGUAAUGGAAAUGAAGGUGGUAAUGGUUCCGGAUCAGGUAAUGGAAGUGAAGGAGGUAAUGGUUCCGGAUCAGGUAACGGAAGUGAAGGAGGUAAUGGAUCUGGAUCAGGUAAUGGAAGUGAAGGAGGUAAUGGAUCUGGAUCAGGUAAUGGAAGUGAAGGAGGUAAUGGUUCUGAAUCAGGUAAUGGAAGUGAAGGAGGUAAUGGUUCUGGAUCAGGUAAUGGAAGUGAAGGAGGUAGUGGUUCUGGAUCAGGUAGUCAAGGAGGUAAUGGCUCUGGAUCUGGUAGUCAAGAAGGUAGUGGUUCCGGAUCUGGUAAUCAAGAAGGUAAUGGUUCUGGAUCUGGUUCUGGAUCAGGUAAUCAAGAAGGUAAUGGUUCUGGAUCAGGUAGUCAAGAAGGUAGUGGUUCUGGAUCUGGUAGUCAAGGAGGUAAUGGUUCUGGAUCAGGUAGUCAAGAAGGUAGUGGUUCUGGAUCUGGUAGUCAAGGAGGUAAUGGUUCUGGAUCUGGUUCUGGAUCAGGUAAUCAAGAAGGUAAUGGUUCUGGAUCUGGUAGUCAAGGAGGUAAUGGUUCUGGAUCAGGUAGUCAAGGAGGUAAUGGUUCUGGAUCAGGUAGUCAAGAAGGUAAUGGUUCUGGAUCAGGUAGUCAAGGAGGUAAUGGUUCUGGAUCAGGUAGUCAAGAAGGUAAUGGUUCUGGAUCAGGUAGUCAAGGAGGUAAUGGUUCUGGAUCAGGUAUCAGUACUUCAAUACAAAGCUCUCCAUCUUCAUCAGCUACUAUUUCAUCAUACGAAGCUUCUGCUGUUCCACUCAAAGUUUCUUCAUUAUUGGCUGGUAUAUUUGCAGUUUUAUCCAUUUUUGUUUAA